CUGCCGCAUCCCCGAGCGAGCGGAGGGCUCGCCCACGGCAUGAACCGGGUCCAGCGAGGCGGCAGCGGUGGGGGAAGCCGCGGCCUCGGCACUAUGGAAGUGAAGAGCAAGUUUGGUGCAGAAUUUCGUCGCUUUUCUCUGGAACGGUCCAAGCCUGGUAAAUUUGAGGAGUUUUAUGGAUUACUGCAGCAUGUGCACAAGAUACCCAACAUUGAAGUUUUAGUUGGCUAUACAGACAUUCAUGGAGAUCUCUUGCCUAUCAACAAUGAUGACAAUUACCACAAAGCAGUUUCUACAGCUAAUCCUUUGCUAAGGAUUUUCAUUCAGCGAAAAGAAGAUGCAGACUACAGUGCCUUUGGAACAGACACCAUGACAAGGAAGAAAAAUGUCUUAUCGAAUGUCUUGCGCCCAGAUAACCAUAGGAAAAAGCCACACAUUGUAAUCAGCAUGCCACAAGAUUUCAGGCCAGUGUCUUCUAUUAUAGAUGUGGACAUUCUUCCAGAAACGCACCGCAGAGUUCGGCUUUAUAAGUAUGGAACUGAAAAACCUCUCGGAUUUUAUAUACGGGAUGGUUCCAGUGUCAGAGUGACUCCUCACGGGCUAGAGAAAGUACCUGGGAUUUUCAUAUCCAGGCUUGUUCCUGGAGGCCUGGCUCAAAGCACAGGCCUUCUGGCAGUCAACGAUGAGGUUCUGGAGGUGAAUGGUAUAGAAGUUUCAGGAAAGAGCCUUGAUCAGGUUACAGAUAUGAUGAUUGCAAACAGUCGAAAUCUGAUAAUUACUGUGAGACCAGCAAACCAGAGGAACAAUGUUGUUAGGAACAGUCGGACUUCUGGUAGCUCAGGACAGUCUACAGAUACCAGCCUUCCAAGUUACACUCCAAGUACAGUGCCGAUCUACCAGCCAGAAGAGGAAGACAGUGAUGAAGACGAUAUCAUUAUUGAAGAUAAUGGUGAGCCACAGCAAAUUCCAAAAGCUGCUCCUUCCAGUGAGAGUCUGGAUUCGCUGACACAUUCUGAAUCCCAUCAUGAAUCGAUGCAAAAUGGCUUCAUUCCUUCUAGAGAAGCUAACUUAUAUUGUUCAACGGGCAGCAUUAACAUGGAGUAUGAAAUGCAGGACUCAGACCGAAAGUCCUUAGAAGAAGAUGGGACUAUCAUAACAUUGUGAAAUUAUAUUGAUGUAUUUUUGGUUGAAAUGAAGAGGCCAUAACAAUUUUUUACUUGGCUGUAUACCUGUAGUACAUACCUCUCAGUUACCAUACUCCA